AAUCUAAAAAUAGGAGCAAGAGUGGGCAAUGCUUGACAUUUAAAAUGAUCAGGGCUGAUUUUCUUCUACAAUUUCACCUUUCCACGUAAUUUCCAAAUCUCUUCGUUUCCUCUAUUUGCCAACAUUCUGUCAUUUCUAUCUUAAAUAUAUGCAACAACUAAAUAUUCACAGUUCUGUGGAGUACAGAAUACCAAAGAAACAAACUGUUUUGCUUAAAACAAUUAACUACCAGACUUAAUAUUUUAAAUAUUGUAAGUUGGCUAUGCUGAACACACAGCAACACAUAGCAAACUCACACGUAGACCAUGAGACUUACCUGUACUCUCAUCUGGACAUGGCUGUUCACGCUAGAAGCGACUUUUACUAUUCUAGGAUUGCUCCAGCUGGCAAGCUGUCAGCCUUUAAUAUCGAAUAAACGUGAUGCAGGUCGUGUGAAAGAUUGUGGAUGUGUCCCUCCAUGUCUGCCUCCCACAGUCACGAACACGUCACAGCGCCUAAAUGCCCUCCGAUCAUUGAUGGAGUCACUCAAUGUCAGUGUCUACGUGAUUCCUGCCACAGACCCCCAUUUGAGUGAGUACAUCGCCCCACAGGAUCAGAGAAGGGCCUGGAUUACAGGGUUCACAGGAACAGCAGGUACCGCAGUAGUCAGUAAGAUGAAGGCUACACUCUGGACUGAUGGACGCUACUGGCUUCAAGCUGAACGUCAAAUGGAUUGCAACUGGGAGCUCAACAAAGGGGAAACAACAAUUGUAAACUGGAUUUUGAAUGAAACAAAGGAAGGAGAUAUAGUCGCGGCUGACCCUUUCGUCUUUUCCAUUGUGGAGUGGGAAAGUUACAAAAAGCCAUUGCUUCAAGGCAAACGACAAUUUGUUGCUGAAGAAAAAAAUUUAGUGGAUAUUAUCUGGGGCACAGACCGCCCACCAAACCCUACCGAUGAUAUUUUCAAAGUGCCAGAUCAAUUCUAUGAAAGAACAUGGCAAAUGAAGGUAAUAGAAAUCCGUGCACAGAUGAAACAAAACGCUUACCGGCCAACUGCAUUGUUGAUCUCUGCACUGGAUGAAACUGCAUGGCUGUUCAACCUGCGAGGGGAUGAUAUUCCAUACAAUCCAUUUUUCAAGUCUUACACGCUGUUGGCUGAAAAUUUCAUCAGGUUAUUUGUGAAUGAAUCACGACUGCCUCAACACAUUAGGGACUAUUUGAAUACAUCUUGUACAACAGACAUGUGUGUUCAGCUGAAGCCCUACGCCGAUAUCCGACAAAACCUGCAGGAAUAUGCUAAAGGAAAUGUCAAAAUCUGGAUUGGUCAGGAAUACACAACCUAUGGUGUCUAUGAAGUCAUUCCUGAGUCAAAAUUGCUUAUUCAUAGAUACUCCCCAGUGCAACUCACCAAGGCUGUUAAAGACACCACAGAACAGAAAGGACUGAAAGCAGCACAUGUGCGUGAUGCAAUUGCUGUCAUACGCUAUUUUGUAUGGCUGGAAAAAAAUGUGCCAAAAGGAACUGUGACGGAACUGUCAGGUGCAGACAAUGUCAACAAGUUACGCAGGGAGCAAAAGCAUUCCAAGGGCAUCAGCUUUGAGACGAUUUCUGCCAGUGGUUUGAAUGCGGCCCUUGCUCACUACAGUCCCAACAAUGAAACCAACAGGAAGCUAAGUAUAGAUGAGAUGUACCUGAUAGAUUCUGGAGGACAAUACUUGGAUGGGACAACUGAUAUUACCCGCACAUUACACUGGGGAACCCCAACCGAUUUUCAGAAGGAAGCUUACACUCGAGUGCUGAUGGGAAACAUUGACCUGGCUCGAUCAGUCUUCCCCACAAACACAAUUGGAGAUGAGCUUGACGUAUGGGCUCGACAUGCUUUGUGGGAGGCAGGACUAAACUACAUGCAUGGAACUGGACAUGGAAUCGGCACCUUCCUCAGUGUUCAUGAAUGGCCAGUCGGCAUUGGAAGCCCUCAUACUUGCCAACUUCAGGAGGGGAUGUUUACAUCUAUUGAGCCUGGUUUUUAUCAAGAUAAUGAAUUUGGAAUUCGCAUCGAAGAUGUUUCUGUGGUAGUAAAGGCAAAAACUAAGCACACAUUUGGAGGUGUUCCCUACCUGACUUUUGAACAUAUUUCUCUUGUCCCAUAUGAACGAAAACUGAUCAAUGUAUCCAUCAUGAACAAGGAACAGAUUGACUGGCUUAACAAAUAUUAUGAGAGGAUUUGGAACACUGUGUCACCUGAACUGCAAGCACAAAAUUUGCUAGAAGAGUAUGAUUGGCUUCGGAAACACACGCAGCUGUUUUCACACAGUGUCAUCGUAAAAUACUCACUUAUCAGUCUGGCUGGGGCCCUGCUGGGAAGCUUUCUGUCACAAGCAUGGAUUCUGUAAAAAUAUCCAAAAUGCUUGGACCUGAUCUUUUUCACAAUUUACUUACAAGAUGCUUCCUUUAAAGAAAAUAGAACAUAGAUCGGUACAGCACAGGGACAGACCUUUCAGCUCACUGUUCAAGUGUCUGUCUAAAUGCCUCUUAAACAUUGUUAUCAUUUCUGCUUCUACCAUCUCCUCUGGCAGCACAUUCCAGUGCAUCUGUCAACCUCUGUGUAAAUACAUUGCCUUGCACAUCUCCUUUAAACUUUCCCCCUCUCACCUUAAACAUGUGGCCCCUGAUAUUUGACAUUUCUACCCCAGGAAAAAGACUCCAACUAUCCACCUUAUACAAAAGCAACCUAAAUCUAUCCAAUCUCUCCGUAUAGAUAAUGAACCCCAAUCCAGGCAUCAUCCCAGUAAACCUCUUCUGCACCUUCUCCAAAGGUUCCUCAUCUUUCCUACAGUGUGGCAAUCAGAACUGCACACAAUACUCUGAAUGUGGCCCAACCAAAGUUUUAUACAGCUGCAAAAUGUCUUGCCAAGCAAUGAAGGCAAGUUUGCCAUAUGUCUCUAUACCACCUUAUCAAAUUGUGUUGGUAAUUUCAGGGAAUAAUGGACUUGAACUCCAAGACCCUUCUGUAUAUCCAUGCUCCUAAGUGUCCUGCCAUUUACUAUAUACUUUGCUCUUGCACUUGACUCCCAAAAUGCAUCAUCUCACACUUGUCCAGAUUAAAUUCCCCGUCCCAUUUCUCAGCCCACUUGCCAACUGGUCUAUACCCUGCUGUAUCCUUUAACAAUCUUCUUCACUGUCCACAACUCCAUUAAUUUUUUGAGUCAUCUGCAAACUUACUGAUCAGACCAUCCACAUUUUCAUCCUAAGAAUUUAUAUAAAUCACAAUCAACAGAAAUUCUAGCACUGAUCCUUGCAGAACACAGCUGGUCAUAGAUCUCCAGUCAGAAAAAUAAUCCUGCAAAACUCCGCCAACCCAAUUUUGAAUCCAAUUUACCAACUCACCGUGGAUCCCAUGUAACGCAAACAUCUAGACCAGCGUACCAUGAGAGACCUUAUCAAAUGCUUUAGUAAAGUCUGUGCAGACAACAUUCACUGCCCUAACUUUAUCAAACAUCUUUGCCACUUACUUAAAAAGUUUGAUAAAAUUUGUGAGACAAGACUUUCCCUGCAAAAAGCCAUGGUGACUGUCCCUAACGAGUCCAUUCUUUUCGAAAUGCGAAUAAAAACCCAGGCAAAGUCAAGUGGAAGAAAAGUUUGAGUCACUUUUAAUAUAAAUUACAAUCCCACGUGUCCAAUAAGAAUGCAUAAUGUGUCUAUUACCUACGUUAUAGCAAAUGGCAUCAUUUGCCUCCAAGUAAAUCUGACAUGUUUAAUUCUCCCAACCCCUGCUCCAGCUAUGUAAGUUACCAGUUUCUUGGAACAAUUCCCUCGUUUCAGAAUGACCUGAAUACCUUUUCUGUAUAUGGACAAGCAGGAAAUGUUGCUGCAUCUGAGGAUACAGCCUUUCUCUGCUAUAACAUGAGUGGAACAUUUCCCAUAGAUGAAAUUUUGCUGUGAAUGUCUCUGAAUAAAUAUGAUUAAUAUUUGACUUAAAAUGAUGCUGGCAGAAAUGUGAUUUUAAGGGAUCAAACCAAAAUAGCACUUGUGGGAAAAUGUCUUUUCUGUGCUUAUUUGGCACAAAUAUCUCCAUUUCUGAGCCAAAGAGCUUUGACUUUGAGGUUAUGAUUGAACUGGCAACAUCUAAAGUUUAUUGCUGCCAUUAUGUUUUAUGUGCGUCCCACACAUGAUUUACAUCAUCACAGAACUCAAAGUAUGAGGACACUCGAGAUUGUGGUUCUCCAUGGAGAGGGAUAAUUAGGAAUGAAGUAAUCAAUGUCUUUAGCCAGCUAAAGAAUAGAUGCAUGCAGAAGUAUUUGAAAGAAAUAUUUUUGUUACCCUGCUUUCUCCUUGGUACUCAAUCUUGUAGUAUUUUUCACAGGUGACUCAAGAAAGAAAGGAAGAAAUAUACAGCAAACAAAGCACAUUUGAUCUUAUACAGUUCAGUUUCCUCAGAUUAGCUUGCCUUGCUAUUAACGUUCUCACACCAAUCAAUAUCCCAAAUUCAAAUUUACGUACAAGCUCUUUAUUUAUUUAGCUUACACAGUCAACCAUGGUACACAAUGACAGGAGCUGGAGUUAAUUUCUGUGUUCCCUAUCCCGGGUGCGACCUUUUGAGGGGACUAAUUAGGCUUAAAAUCUGCAAUGAACAUUUUCAAUCAGUUUAAUCCCGUGAAUUUAGCAAAAUUCAUUCUGAAGUUAUGGAGGAUAAUGAACUUCUGCCAUAACCCACUUCUGAGGAAACCUUGCCACAAUGGAAACUCAAGGUCGUUGUCUUCUUGAUACGUGCCCACGUUAUUUGGAAAGGAACAAGGAAACUACAAUUAACCAAAACAACAAGGAUGUUUCUGCCCUGCGCACUCUACUCCCGCCAGAAAGUAUGUUUUCAGGAUAGGAGUUCAGCUGGAGAAUGCCAUAUAUACUUAAUGUUUAGCCAGUCUCCAUCCCACUCACCUCUAACCUGUUCCCCAUUUUGUUGCUGCAGGCUUAUUUGUUUGCAAGGUGACAUGCAUUUAGACCUAUUGAAACCCUUAACUACUUACAUAAGUGCCUCAAUCUGCCUCCACUGCUCAUAAGAAAUAGUAGACUGCCAGAGUGUGAAAGUCAUGUUUCUACAAAGAUCUUCUAUGCAAAGGUGGCAAGGAAAGGGGAGCACGAUAGUCAGGGUUGACCUGUGUACUCCAGGGGCACUCUCCUCAAGAUGUAACCUCCUUUUGCUCCUCCCCAACCUUUGUCCCCUGCUCUAAGCUUUCUGAUUUCUUGCCACUCUAAAAGCCUAGGACUUUCCUGUCUCUGUUUGCCAUAGUCCUGCUCCUGGGCCAUUUUCAGUGCUGCUAGUACUAUUAGAAAUGUCAACCGAUCAGGGUGGAACCUCCUGUCCAUUAUGGUGUGGAAUUCUUCCCUGGGCCCUGUGUAAGCUGAUCCAGUUUGUUACUAUUGUGGGCCAGGCUUUCUAAAUGCUAUCUUCUUCUAGAUGUGAGCACCUUCUCCCCCUCUAUAAAAUGCAGUUGCAAAUUUUCCAUUGUUGCUCCAGAAAAUCUCACUUUUACUCCUAACUCACCAACUUGCUAUUCAGAGUCUUCUUUAUUUUGAAAGAUGAGCAUGGGAAAUAGUAAAGGAUAUCUUUCAGCUGUUCACUUCUCACUCUUUAUAUUUUUAAAUGUUAAAGUGUACAUUAAAAUAAACUGAAAUCAUUGGAUUGCCAGGAAUAUUAACCAGAACUGUGUCUAGGUUUUUGUUCACAUACUGUGCUCAAACCAAGCACCAUCAACACCAUGCUUUGUGGUCUACUUAUGUGCAUUGGUAGACAAUUCCUUGAUUUUAAAAUUCUGAUUUUCGGUGUCUGCUUAUUUUUGUCAGUGUAAAAUUUUGUUUCAUUUCUCUCUUGUGAAGUUCCUUGGGAUGUUUUACUCUGUUAAGUGCUUUAUUUAUAAGAAAUGUAAAUAUAUCUAUAUACACACAAAAGCUGUUGUUCCUCAAAGAUUGAAGAGCUAAGGUUUCAUUUUGUUUUAAUCUCUGUGAGAACAGGACUUAGACUUGUAUCACUGUGAGAAAGAGGGCAAUGUCAGUGUUAUAAAAAUAUGCAAUG